AUCUUCAUCGGCAAAUCGAAUCUCCGAUUAUAUUUCAAAUCGCUUACCAAAUCCGACAUGAGCCAGGCCUUCGUUUUUGGAGGACUAUAAUGAUCGGACUCUUCGUGUCCCGUCUCGAUUGCAUGGGGUUUGAGCUAUGCCGGAGCUUCGCCGUGGAGUCCGCCGUGGCCGUGUUACUGACGCUGUAGCUCCCAAUCAGCUUCCGCAAACACCUACAGAAAAGAAACAGAGGAAGACUAACGGCAAAACCAGGAAACCGGUAGCCGGCGGAGUUACAGGAGUUGCGGAGAGGCCGAGGACUAGAUUAGCGGCGAGGAGAUUAAAGGAGGAAGAUAAAGAGAUACCUCAGGAGAUUCCGGUUAUUGUACCGUCUAAGGAUACCGAUAACGAUAAAAAGAAGGGUAAAGAGGUAGCCGUUGAAGAAGAGAAGAAAGAUAUGGCGAUUGGUAAUGAUAGUGGUGGCUCUAACAAGGCGGCUGCUCAGGAAGAAGAAGGAAAUACUGCUCCUUUCCCUGAGAGGGUCCAAGUUGGAGGAUCACCACUAUAUAAAGUUGAGAGGAAGCUGGGGAAGGGUGGGUUUGGACAAGUAUUUGUGGGACGUCGUAUUAGUGGUGGUAAUGAUCGUAGUGCAGGAGCUAGCAUCUUGGAGGUUGCGCUAAAGUUUGAGCAUCGGAGCAGUAAGGGUUGCAACUAUGGUCCUCCACAUGAGUGGCAGGUUUACAACACCUUGGGUGGUAGCCAUGGAGUCCCUAGAGUACAUUUUAAAGGGAGGCAAGGAGACUAUUAUGUCAUGGUUAUGGACAUGCUCGGGCCUAGCUUAUGGGAUUUAUGGAAUACUUCAGGGCAAGCAAUGUCCUCGGAAAUGGUAGCUUGCAUUGCGGUUGAAUCACUUUCCAUUCUUGAAAAGAUGCAUGCAAAAGGUUAUGUGCAUGGGGAUGUUAAGCCAGAAAAUUUCUUACUCGGCCAGCCUUCAACGUCUCAAGAGAAAAAACUGUUUCUUGUUGAUUUGGGACUAGCUACAAAGUGGAGAGAAGGUGGUAGCGGACAACAUGUUGAAUAUGAUCAACGUCCUGAUAUGUUUAGAGGGACAGUUAGAUACGCAAGUGCGCAUGCUCAUUUGGGGAGAACUGCUAGCAGAAGGGAUGAUCUCGAAUCAUUGGCAUAUACACUGAUCUUUCUUCACCGAGGUAGAUUGCCAUGGCAAGGAUAUCAGGGAGAUAACAAGUCAUUCCUUGUUUGCAAAAAGAAGAUGGCAACAUCGCCGGAUAUGCUUUGUUGUUUUUGUCCCCCUCCUUUCAAGCAAUUUCUUGAGAUCGUGGUAAAUAUGAAAUUUGAUGAAGAACCCAACUAUGGCAAGUUAGUAUCUCUAUUUCAAGACCUCUUGGGCGAAAAUCCUGCAAUUAGGCCUAUAAACACAGAGGGUGCUCAAAAGAUCAUAUUCCAAGUUGGGCAGAAGCGAGGUAGGUUGAGCAUUGGGGAAGAAGAAGAAGAUGCCCCUAGGAAAAAAGUCCGUCUAGGAGUCCCUGCAACGCAAUGGAUAUCGAUUUACAAUGCCAGGCAACCAAUGAAGCAGAGGUAUCAUUAUAAUGUGGCUGAUAUAAGACUGGCACAGCAUAUUGAGAGAGGUAUUGCAGAUGGUUUGUUGAUAAGCUGUGUAUCAUCAUGUUCGAAUCUCUGGGCAUUGAUAAUGGAUGCUGGAACUGGCUUCACCAACCAAGUCUAUGAACUCUCUCCUGUAUUCUUGCACAAGGAAUGGAUUAUGGAGCAGUGGGAGAAGAACUACUACAUUAGUUCUAUUGCUGGUGCAAACAAUGGAAGCUCUUUAGUUGUCAUGUCAAAAGGUACACAGUAUACACAGCAGUCUUACAAAGUAAGCGAUUCAUUCCCGUUCAAGUGGAUAAACAAGAAAUGGAGAGAAGGCUUCCAUGUAACCUCAAUGGCAACAGCUGGAAGCCGGUGGGGUGUUGUUAUGUCCCGCAAUUCUGGCUACAGUGAACAGGUUGUGGAACUUGAUUUUCUGUAUCCAAGUGAAGGCAUCCACAGGCGCUGGGAUGGUGGAUUCAGAAUCACAUCAACAGCAGCAACAACUGAUCAAGCUGCUCUCAUCUUAAGCAUCCCACGUCGUAGACUGGUUGAUGAGACGCAAGAGACUUUGCGUACCUCUCAAUUCCCCAGCACACAUGUCAAGGAAAAAUGGGGAAAGAAUCUCUAUCUUGCAUCAUUAAGCUAUGGCCGAACUGUAUCUUGAGACUUAUUAGUAAAAAAUGUUGAAGGACGAGAGAAAGAUGUUUCUAAGUCUCUGCUCCUAUUCCAUAUCCAACCCUCUGGCCUCUCAGAGGCUCUGUUGUGCUUUUUUUUCAGUUGAAUUGUGAAGCAAAAAUGUGGUGAUUGUGUUGUUUAUUCUCUCCCCUUGUGAAGGAUUGAGCCAUAAUCACCAGUU